AGGAUGGAUGGAUGCCAACAAUUUCGAAUUGUACAUUCGGAAGGUAUUUUACCCCUUCCUUUUGAAGACGGGAGUAACUCUUCCUGUGUAUUAUUUUGUCGACGGGCAUUCAUCGCAUAUGGCAGCAAAUGUAGCUGAUUCGUGUUGCGAGUUAGGAAUAAUUCCAGUUGUGUUAUAUCCUAACACAACUAGGAUUACACAGCCCGCUGACGCUGAUAAGCACAAUAGAAAUGUUCUUACAUUAGAUGACUUCAGACAUCAUCGUAUCUGGAUUCAAAACCUGCGGAUUGUACCCGUUCGACCCGGCCAGGUUCACACACUCCAGCAAUGAGAAAACUAAAUACCUGGAUGAACCAUCGGUGCACCCUUUCAAAAAUGCGACUAUCAUCGAUUCAUUUCUUACGGAGCCGGAAAUCUUGCAUACGUCAGUAACCUUUCAGUCACCUAAUCAUAAAAAUUGCAAACGUAAAUUCUACCCUGUCCUUACUGCUGGUGAACGCCUAGAGGAGAUUCGCCGAAUCGAGGAGGAGAAGGAGAAAAAGAUUCAAGAGAGAAAAGAAAAGACAGAGAUACGCGCUGCAAAAAAGGUGGAAAUAGAAAAGCUGAAGGCAGCAUCACGCGAAAUACGAGCUGAGAAGAAAGUUGAACGGGAAAAACUAAAGGAAGAAACACGGUUGCUGAUGAGACAAAAAUCAGAAAAAAGAGCGAAGAAGAAACUUGAGGCUGAGAAACUAAAAGACAAAUUAAGUGAACGAAAAAGUCAGCAAGCUGCCAUUAGAAAACAGGAGCGCGAAAAUCUACGAAAAAAUGAGAAUUUUAAUAAUUGGCAAUGGCAUGACAUAAAUACACGAUUUAUAUAAAAUAUUAACGUUCAUUAUUAAAGUUAUACAUGUUGAAUUUAUUACUCCCCUCUCUC